GGCGAAGGGGUGCACUGCUUUUACGUUUUGAACGUUGGUUAACGACCAGAACCCAUCACUGUUACCGGCCAUUACCACUUACGAUUCAUCAAAAAAGUUCAAGUGUACGCAGUGAGCAUUAGUCACAUCUACAGCUUGAGGUAACAGGAGCCAAUUCUCAUCAAAAUGGCUGAAGCUGCUUUACACACUGAGACCACUUGCAAGAUUAGACAUGUACACAUCGAAUGCCCAAUCUGCCUGAGUCGGUUCACCGAUCCGAAAAUCCUGGACUGUCUUCACAGCUUCUGCUUAAAAUGUCUUCAGGAACUUAUAGACAAACAGAACCCGAAGACGGAUAUUAUUAUUUGCCCAAUGUGUAAAAAGGAAACAUCAAUCCCAGAUGGGGGAUUGUCGGGUCUUCUUAGCUGCUUUUUCUUGAGCUCGCUUAUUGAUGACGUCAUUAAUCUUGAAGGUCAGAAGGAGGACAUUAACCCUCCUGUCUUGGCUUGCGAAGGAUGCGACGAAGGUCUUGAAGCCGUCUCACGGUGUGUCGACUGUGAUGCAAACUAUUGCAAGACAUGUCUGGAAAACCACGCAAGGCUAAAAGCUAUCAGUCAUCAUCAAAUCGUUAAUGCUGUCGGUUCGUCACAUGUGCGACCCAAAGACAAGGACAAAACUGAAACACAAACGUGCCGGAAACACACUGACCAGGAACUGUGUUUCUAUUGCGACACGUGUGAAUUACUUGUGUGUCUCAAAUGUGCGGUGUUCGAUCACCGAGCGUCCAACCACAAUCUCUCUGAAAUCAAUGAUUCCAUUCGAUCUUAUCGUCUAGCUGUUGAUGAAGCCUUGCAGAAGUUUGAUGAAUGUCGCAAGCAAUUCCAAAAAGUGGACGACUCUAUCAAACACUCACAGCGUAGAUUACAGCUCAUGGUCGACCAGGCUCUUCGAGAUAUUGUGGCUAAGGAGGAAGAGGAAAUCACUAAGAUAAGAAAUGCAUCUCGCCACUUUCAAGAAAGAGUCACACAAAUCGGUCAAGAAAGAGGUAAGGGAUUUGAGAGCAUACAGAGCAGCAAUCACGAUAAGAUUAGCCGUGCAGAGCAGAUCGUAGCUUCAGUCAAUGACUUGAUGCAACAUGCUGAUAACUUUGAGCUGCUGGACCUCAAGCCAAAAGUUAUGCACAACUUAGACUUCCACAAAGAGCUUCAGUUUCAAACAGUGCAGCAUAGCAAGUCAUUCAUCGGGUUCAAAGGUCAUAAUAUCGUCACUGAUGCAGAUCUCGGUGAAAUACUAGAGGAGGAGAAGUGGGAGGUGAAGACAGAGUUUGGUAAAGAAGGGGAAGGUGAGGGGGAGUUCAAGUUUGCAAGGGACCUUGCUUGUUUUAGCAAUGGUGACAUUGUCGUUAUUGAUUCAACACGGUGUCUAUUAUCCACAUUUACAUCAAAGGGUAGUUACAAAUCUACAGGUGGUCAAAGUGGAACAGAGGACGGUAAACUAAUACAACCUUUUGGUUUUACCGUGACCUCUGAUGACCUGCUCCUGGUUACUGACGGACAGGAUGUAAAGGUUUAUGAUAGAGAACUGAGAUACAUUCGUCAGUUCCGACCCACACAGAAUCAAGUCGAGGGGCAGGCAAAGAGUCUACUUCGUGGUAUUUCUGUGGACAAUAAAGAUCGGAUUGCAGUGGCUGACUGUAAGAGAAAGGUCAUAUCUCUGCAUAAUAUGGAUGGAUCCAUCAUUUCCACAAUACAUCAUGAUGAUAUAAGUAGCGACUGCUUUCUAUCUAUAAGCAGCAAGGAGCGUCUGGUAUUCACACACUUCGGCAAGAUGAAUCUAGUUUGUGUGGAUUUCAUUGGAAACGAGGUGUUCAAUAUCAGCACCUCCAUUGACGGCAAACCUGUCACACCUUAUGGUGUGUUCUGCGACGAUGCUGGAGACAUCUAUGUGUCUGUUUAUUGCGGUGGCUGGGGAAUCAAUGAGAUACAUCAUUACGAUGCAUCAGGUGAGCACAUCGGCUGUGUAGCUCGUGGCUUGUACGCACCUCUAGACAUGACGUUUACUCCUACCGGUGACCUCAUCGUGGCUGAUCGUCACUCGGUGAAGGUCUUGCAUCGUCUGUGAAAGUCGAUGACGUCAUGGUCGAAAAUGAUACAAUAAUCUCAAAUGUGGAUGACAAUUGGAAAUUAACAACAUCCAAUAAUAAUAGUGACUAACCAAAACCAAGGCAUUCUCAUCAAGAAUAUUAAAAGAUAAUCAUCCUCGGCUCAAGUAUGAAUCACUGAACAAUGCCACAAUUUUGUUAUGCGCUUGUGUACAUUUUAUGGAAUGGGCGCAAUAUAAAUGAAUAAAUUAUUAUUUAUUUAAUUAAUAUGAAUAAUCUGUCAUUCCAACAAAUCCACGGUGAACUAUUAUUCUAAACGUACCAAUAACUUUAUUAUAAAAUGUUUCGCUUUACUUUGAGUCACUUAUGAUUUUAUCUCUGCUGGGCUGGUUUACCAAACUUAAAGGUGGUAUGAUGUAAAAUCAUAACAAUAGACCGAUUGCACUACAGACGUCACGUGACCUGAGAUAGGUAUUACAUUUCAACAAACACGGCGUACCGCGUAUUAGCGCGCGUUAAAAAAAGACAUGAGUAUUGUUGCAUUUGUUUGUUCAAUCGAGGCUUUUCUUUCUCUAAAUCACUGAAGAAUAUUCUGGAGUUUGUAUUGAGACUCUACCGGUGGCUGAACAAUGCCAGUUGUAAUGGUUACACAGCCCACCAAUAUAGGAAAUUCUACGAGAGUGUUCACACGAUGUUAUGUGUUUUUACACGGAAAGUGUAUUUUUACAUUGCCCUCAUUGUAAUGAUUUUGCUGCCAAUAUUUUCAAAAAACUCUCCUGAACAAGCUGCAAAUUCCGAAAUGUUCACUUUCAAAUUAUUUGAUUAGAAGGGGUAGCUGUCAGCUAGAGUCGGACAACUUCCCGGUCUCCCUUGACACAGCCCGACUUCACGCCGUGCACAACGCAAAAUCCACGGCUCAUGAGCUCGCUCAAACCACAGUAAAUUAACGUAGUCUAACCGUACUCUAAACCUCUUGUAUAUUGUAGUAGAAAACUUGGUCUAUCAAACAGCAUUUAUUUAAAUAAUGUCACAACAUUCAACUAAAAAGGGCUUCGUAUUUAAGUGAACGUGAACGUCAAAAAUUGUAUUGUUGAGGUCACCACUUUGGGCAUAUUGGCGAGGUUUAGCUGCAAGCUGCACAGUACGCGGGCAAAUACGUGAACGUGAAUGUCAACAAAUUGUGUUGUUUCGGGGUAACCUCGCCACUUUGGGCUUUAAUAUUUCAUGCUCACGUAUGACGUCUGUGCGCACGUUUGUACCUGACGUGAAAAGUGGUAACUGCACGUAUGCUAAAACUUGAGGUUAACGACACAAUUGUUUGACGUUCACGUUCACGUUGCUCGCGGAACGUGAAGCUAAACCUCCCUAAUAGGUCUGAAUCACAUGUAGAUUGUUGACAGCAAACUGUAGCAUUGAUACGAGGUACUAACAAGGUUGUAGGGAUCCCAGAUCCGAAUGAUGGCCGUUGGUGUCAAGUUGGCAUCGAAUUUUUGAAAAGUGAACUGUGGAAAAAGAGAUAAUCAAAAUUUUCUUAAAAAGAUUGCUAUUCGCCAACCAUUAGCUUUUUUGGAAUAAACGUACUAUAGUGCUCUUCUACCCCCUUUAUGGUUCACAGCGGAUGGCCUCAGCAUAAAACAAACUUGCCGUGUGUUAAAUCAAAAGAAAAAUCUGUAGGUGAUAAGUUUACAUUUUAGAAUUGAAGUAACUGCUGAUCCAAGUUUUCGAAAUGUCGAUAUAAUUUUGCAUAAGGUACCGUUUGACUUCAGACAUGCCGUGGGAAACAAGAGAAAUGCUAGACCACCACCUACAGACGGAACAAUAAAUUAGUCUAGAUAGAAUAAGGCUAUCUAUAAUAUAUAAUAUCAGCUAUAAUUUGUAAUAAGCGGACUUUUGUAAAAGGCUUUUGUAAAAUCUGGUAACUCUAUAAAGCUUGUAAAAUAUUUUGUUUGCGCUACUAUAAGUUUUGGACUAGUUAUAUAUUACAUGAACUAACGAAUUUUCAAAGGAAUUCAAAUGAGUUUCGUUUCAACUCUAUAUUGGGUGUUUGGUAUAGAUAGUGUCGGCCUUUGUUACAAAAUGAUUUUGUUUGAUUUUAAAUAAAAACGGUAUAAAUA